CGCCAAUCAGAGUGCUGCUGUGGUGUUGAGCGCUGCUGCGCUGGUGGUGUUUGAAAUCUCGGCCGUUUUCAACGCCGAGCUGACUUGAUAGUUUGACGGGCAGCCUCUCGUUUCCGAAGAACACGCGUGAUCCAGCCGGAGUUAGUCGCCGUGUACUGCUGUGAUUCCCCAAGAAAAACCAAAACCUGUUCACCAUGCCUACCCAGAACCGAAUAGUAAACUUCAAGAACAAGGGCAAAGACCAGCAGGAAAUGCGGCGGCGGAGAAACGAAGUCAGCGUGGAACUUCGCAAGCAGCGCAAGGACGAACAGAUCCUCAAAAGGCGAAAUGUCAGCUUCAGCGAGGACCCCGUCAGUCCACUACACGAACAGAACAAGGGUUCCUUCGCAUCUGUGGAGGAAAUGGUUGCUGGUUUGACCAGCCCAGACCCAGACAUUCAACUGAUGGCAACACAGGCAGUGCGCAAGAUGCUAUCAAGGGAGCGACACCCCCCCAUAGACGCUAUGAUUCAGGCUGGAGUUGUGCCGGUUCUUGUGUCGGCGCUGUCCAAUGACUCUUGCCCGUCACUGCAGUUUGAGGCGGCUUGGGCCCUGACCAACAUUGCAUCUGGAACAGCUGAGCAGACGGACACGCUGGUGCAAGCUGGCGCUGUGCCCCUGUUUGUGCGGCUGCUGGCCUCGUCCCAUGCCAACGUGUGCGAGCAGGCCGUGUGGGCGCUGGGAAACAUUGCAGGCGAUGGCCCCAACUUGCGGGACCUUGUGCUGCAGGCUGGCAUCCUCAAGCCCCUGCUGGCACUUGCCCGGCCAGAUACCCCCGCACCAUUCAUCCGCAAUGUGACAUGGUCCCUCUCCAACUUGUGCCGUAACAAGAACCCACCUCCACCCUUCGAGACCAUCCGUGAAUGCUUGCCUACUCUGGCACAGCUCAUCCAUCACACUGACCGGGAGGUUGUGGCAGAUGCCUGCUGGGCCCUGUCAUACCUGACGGACGGUGCCAACGAGCAGAUCGAAGAAGUUGUGCAGCAACCUGGUGUGGUUGCCCGUCUGGUGGAGCUGCUGGGCGGUGGGCAGCACCCUGUGUCGGUGGUGACGCCCGCCCUGCGUGCCCUGGGCAACAUAGUGACGGGCAGCGAUGCACAGACGCAGGCCGUAAUCGACGCUGGUGCGCUGGUGCCUCUGCGUGCUCUGCUGCGCCAUCCAAAGUCUAACCUGCAGAAGGAGGCCGCCUGGGCAGUGUCAAACAUCACCGCAGGCACUGAGCAACAGAUCCAGGCCGUCGUGGACGCUGGCCUCAUCGAGCCUCUGAUUGAGGUGCUUGCCACAGGGGACGCCCGCAGCCAGAAGGAGGCCGUCUGGGCUGUCACCAACCUGACCUCGGGUGGCUCCCUCAGCCAGGCGGUGUAUGCACUGCAAGCAGGUGUGCUGCCACCAGUCUGCGAUUUGCUCACCGUCCAAGACCCCAAAACCCUGCUGGUGGCCCUGGAUGCCAUUCGUAACCUCCUGGCAGCUGGUGACAGGCUGAACGAGCGAGAUCAUGUCUGCUCGAUGAUUGAGGAAGCCGGGGGCCUGGACAAGAUCGAGGCUCUACAGCAUCACGAGAAUGCAGAGGUCUACCGUGCUUCCCUUGCCAUCAUUGAGGAGUACUUCUCAGACGAGUCUGAAGAUUACAACCUCGCACCUGAAGCUGGCGGCGACAGUUUCGCCUUUUCAGCACCAACCACCUCUGACCAGGGAUUCUCGUUUUGAGUGUUGUACAGCACCUCAUGUACAGAAUGUUUAUAGCCUCAUUUUAAACACCUGAACUUCGUUUUUUUUUUUCUUUCUUUUUUUAAAAACACUUUGUAUUAAAGGUGUGCAUGCCUGGAAA